UAAACAAAAAGCAAGACAGAAAAAAGAGGGGAGAGGAGGGACCAACGAGGAAGCCGACGAUGCGUAGCUUACCGUUCAUCUUACUCGAGCAAGAAAACGAAAGCUUUGAUCCCCAAAUUUUGGUUCAAGCUUUGGAAUUUCCAGUCGCAGCUCUCUCAGUAAAUAGGGCGGCCCCGUUUUAUUCAGUCUGGUCUGUCGUUUUUUGAGUGCUUCUUCUUCAACGGUCGGUCGUCUCUGAAUCCGUCGCCGUUUCGUCGGUACAAAACCGAAAGGUUGGUUCUUCUGAAACCCCAAAGAGAAUAUUUUUAGGGUUUUCGGUUUUCAUGGAGGUUUCUUCCGGAAGUAGUAGUCCCGCCAGUGGGGGAGCCACUGGGAAUAACAGCAACAGUAACAGCAAUACGUCGUCGUUUGGGUCUAGGCAAUUCCCCGCCCUCCGGUUCUUCCAGUCGCCGCUCUCAUUCGUAUUGGAUUACUCCGGAAUACUCUCUCCCAGCUCUUCCCGCCGCGAUUCCGAUGCUCCCGUGGUCAACGCUGGAGUCGCUGCCGAUUCUCGGCCACACUCCCCUACGGCCUGCACCUCCGGGUCAAGCAACACCAGGGAGGUUUCAAUUCGGAUUAUCGGCGCCGGCGAGCAUGUGGACCGUGGGAACGGGGGUGCGACGGUGCCUGUUCAAGGGGAGGAGAAUGGUGGGUCGCUGGGUAGGCUUCAUUCGUUGGAUAAUCAGGCGGGUACGGUCAAUGGGGUCGGGUCGGACGAGAGAGUCCCCUUGGUGGCUCCGUCGUCUCCGGACCACGCUGGGGAUACUGGGAAUGGCGCGGAGGAUAGUUCUAGGGAUUCUGCUUACCAGAGAUAUGAUAUUCAGCAGAUAGCUAGGUGGAUUGAGCAGAUUCUUCCGUUUUCGUUGCUCUUGCUCGUUGUCUUCAUUCGUCAGCAUUUGCAAGGUUUCUUUGUCACUAUAUGGGUGUCAGCUGUCAUGUAUAGGUCAAAUGAUGUUGUUAAGAAGCAGACUGCUCUAAAGGGAGAUAGAAAAAUCUCAGUUCUUGUAAGUAUUGCUGGUGCUUUUGUGCUUCAUGUAGUUGGUGUUUACUGGUGGUAUCGAAGUGAUGAUCUUCUGUACCCAUUGGCAAUGCUUCCUCCAAAAGCCAUACCGCCUUUCUGGCAUGCCAUAUUCACCAUUUUGGUAAAUGAUACCAUGGUGAGGCAGGCAGGGAUGGCUUUCAAGUGUUUGUUGCUUAUAUACUACAAGAAUGGCAGAGGCCAUAAUUAUCGUCGGCAGGGUCAAAUGUUAACUGUAGUUGAGUAUUCACUGUUGCUGUACCGGGCCUUGUUACCAACACCUGUUUGGUACAGAUUUUUCCUCAACAAAGACAAUGGGAGCCUCUUCUCCUCACUUACGACGGGAUUAUAUUUAACUUUUAAGCUAACAUCUGUUGUUGAGAAGGUCCAAUCCUUUUUUGCUUCCAUAAGAGCAUUGUCACGAAAGGAUAUCCAUUAUGGGUCUCAUGCAACAUUAGAAGAGGUAAAUACAGCGGGAGACCUUUGCGCCAUUUGCCAGGAGAAGAUGCAUGCUCCGAUUCUGUUGCGCUGUAAACAUAUUUUCUGCGAGGAUUGUGUCUCUGAAUGGUUUGAGAGAGAAAGAACUUGCCCGCUAUGCAGGUCAGUAGUAAAACCUGCAGAUUUGCGAACAUUUGGGGACGGAUCAACGAGUUUAUUUUUCCAGUUUUUCUGAACUCCGAGUGUUCUACGUGUGGAGCGUAGAUAUAUGAGCAGCAUUCUUGAGACGGUCUCGCUUUGGUUUUGUUAUAUAGGCAAAAAUGAAAGUAUGUCUGAUAGCGUUGUAUCAUCAUUAGGUUGCCUCCAGGUAAUCAGAUGCAAGGUAUAACUAGAGGAGACGAGAUGCGGAUCGAUAUUAUGUCAAUAUGUUGCAAUCAUGAGGUCAUCCAUGAUCCGAAUGGAUGAUGAAAAACAGUAGAUGCAAAACCGUAACCUCUGAUAACCGGGGGACCUCUUUUCAUGUGUUAUCUCCUUUGUACAGAUACAACUCUCCUCUCUCUUCACUAAUAAUUACAAGUCAUUCUCAUGCA